UCAGGAGUGAGUGAAAUUGGAGUAAUAAAAAUUAAAUUUAAGUUAAAUAAGUACAUUAAAAAAUAAAUUAAUUAAUGUAUUAGUUUUCUAAAAAAAUCAAAAUGCCUGGAGGUGUUGUAUUUCUUGUUUGCAUCCCAACUCUGUCCUACGAACAUGAAUUAGUGUUUGGUAUUCCUGUAAAAUUAUCGAAGAAAAAUGAAAAAUCUCUGAAGAAUCGUCAAAAAGUAGAUCUUCGUUUAAAAGAAAGUAAAAGUCGCAAUCAACUUAUUACGAUUGGAGAUGAUGACGAUGAUGAUGAUAAUGAUGAUGAAAUCAAAGAAGUAGAAGUUGAUGAAGAUGAAGUUUUUAAUUCAAUCAAAAAACCUCGACUUCGUGGAUUAUCUUCUCCAGGUGGUGCUAAAUCUAAUAAUAAUCCUGUUUUUGUUCCAAUGGAAACGGUUUUAGAUGAGUUAUUAAAAAAAUUAAAAGUAGAGCAUGUGGUUUGGUGUAAAGACAAAGGUAAUAUGUAUUACGAAGUGAUUUUUCCAGUUCCUGCUGGAGAACCUUGUGAAAACUGUCUACAUUGUUUGACAGAAAUGGGCAUUGGAACACGAAUGAAUUCAAUUGUAAGUGUCAUACCAACGCAAUGUACAUAUAGUGCAAUGCGAAAGCCAGGAACAGCAGGUGCAUUAGCGGAUGCUGCUAUGAGGAAAAAAGAUGCUGAAGAUCGUCGUAAUGCAUGGGAAGCAUUUGUUGAUUCUGUUCGAUCCAAGCUGACAGUUAAACAAGUCGUUGACGGAGUUCGAAGUGGUGGAGAUUUAACUUUUGAUUACAUAAUUUUAGUUUUGACUGCAGAUUGUUUAGCUGCUCUUGGUCUGGUCGAAAACAGUGCAACCAAUGUUGUUGCUGCUAUGCUAGUAUCACCAUUGAUGGGGCCUGUCAUGUCUUUAACCUUUGGCACAAUAAUCGCUGAUAAAGAUCUAGUAUGUGUUGGCCUCAAAAGUUUAUUUCUUGGAAUAUUUAUUUCUAUUCUAUUUGGUUUUAUAUUUGGCUUAAUUCUUGGUACUACAGAAAUGCCGUGGGGUUAUAAUGAUUGGCCAACAGAUGAAAUGAAAGGAAGGGGUAAUUAUAGAUCUUUAUGGAUGGGAGUUUUAUGGGCUUUACCUUCAGGUACAGGUGUAGCAGUAGCUCUUCUCCAAGGCAGUAAUGGUCCAUUAAUAGGUGUUGCAAUUUCUGCUUCUCUAUUACCUCCGGUUGUGAAUUGCGGACUCUUCUGGGCUUUGGGAUGCAUCUGGUUGAUUUACAGACCAAUAAAAAUGCCCCAUAUGAAAGGAGAAUCGUAUACUGAUUUCAAUACUUCAUAUGUAUACAUCUAUACUGACUAUCUACCAGUUGAAUUUUUCUGCAAUGGCAUCAUCAGCGCGUGUCUCACAUUUAUCAAUGUCAUGUGCAUUUUUAUAACAGCGAUAAUUGUUUUGAAGAUUAAAGAGGUAGCUGCACCUUAUACUUCUACACCAGAAUUGCGAAGAUUUUGGCAACACGAUAUUCGUGUGGUCCGCGAUAAAAAUACUUCACGAGAUAAUAGCUCAAUGGAUUCAAGCUACUAUGAGGGCUUAAGUAAAAGCAAACAACGAGCCUUGGAACGUACACUUAAUGAAGCUGUUAAAGAAGCGAUGAAUGACGAAACAUUUAGAAAAGUUAAAAGAAUCAGUUAUGGUCAGCAUGGUCCAGAUGAGAUUGUUCCACGACUGGGUCUGGCUGGUAAUAUCGGGCCUCUAGAAAAAGUUAUUGGAGAAGAUCUUGGACUUAAAAAUAAAGAUGUAGCCAGCACAGUGCCAGCUCACCCACCUGAAACCUUAGGAACUGCUGAAAGUACUAGUGAAGAUUUAGCAGCACUUGAUCGGCUAGUUACAUAUCUUCUUGGACAACCAAACAAUAACUUAGACAACUGGCGACGUUCUCGUAGAGCCAGUCUUCGAGGAUAUCGCCAACUUCGACCAAAUGUUAUUGAACCAGAUAUUAGCGGUCAUCAGGAUAUUAGCACUACUCCAUUAUAAAUGUUAUCAAGAGUAAAAUAAAAAUUCAUGGUAAGAUAAA